UCAGAUAGAUCUUCAGUCAGUCUGGCGAAAUGAGUUUUUUGGUUUUUUUCUGGCAACAAGAGUUCCCUGUGGCAGCACGCUUGUCGACACCUCGGAGUCAGGCAUAACAUGAUUCUUUGGUUAUAUCUUGAAUUGAAGCUGAAAGAAGGUUUGAUUUGGGUCUGUCUCUUGAACUUCCAUGGUUUCUACAGUGCACACACAGGUACAUGAUUGAUUGUACACUGUAUACUCAGUACUUUCGUCAAACAACUGUGAACACAGAACACUGUCACUGAGCACAGCUUUUAGUUUUGUGCUCUCAGCUCAGGAACACUAAGGAAGCUUGGGAUCCGAUAUGUUCUGUGUGCAGCGAUCGUCAGGUAGAAUUCUUACCUAGAGAGUACCUGAGUCUGGAGAAUAAGAAGCAAUAAUGGUGGAGAGGGUCCUGUCAGCCGCGUCGGCUGCGUACGAUGUCGUGAUGGGAGCUGAAGAGCCCUGUGUUCAUUGGUCUGGUUGGAUUCUAGGCCAGAAGUACAGCCUGCCAAACGAUGAAGACAAAAUAGCUGAACGGAUACGAUCAUGCCUGUGGUUCUCCUAUCGCAAGAACUUCCGACCCAUUGGGUCGACUGGCUACACGUCUGAUUCCGGCUGGGGUUGUACCAUGCGCUGCGGUCAGAUGCUCCUAGCCGAGGCUUUGUCUCGACUACAUUUACCCGCUGACUUUCGGUGGAGAGAAAAUCACGAUAACAUUCAGUACCGCUUCCUUCUUCAGCAGUUUCUUGAGGUUCCAGGGAGUCUGUAUUCGCUACAACAAAUCGCACAAAUGGGCGUUGAUCAGGGUCGGAAUGUUGGUGACUGGUUUGGCCCAAACACAAUGUGUCAAGUGGUCAAGUCACUGUCUUCUUACGACAAUUGGUCUAAUAUCGCCGUCCAUAUUGCCAUGGAUCUAACCAUAGUUGAGGAAGAAGUUCGAGCAUCCGCAACGGCCAGUGGUAAAGAGGCCAGACCUGGUGCUGCUGGCAAGAGCACAUCGCCAGCGCCAGAUGUAUCCCUGUGUGGUCGAUCGGUCGCUGACGGUGGCUUGUCUGUGCAAGAGGCUCAGGCAUCGGCAGCGGCAGCGAUUUCUUUUCGUCCCGUUCUGCUUCUUGUGCCGCUAAGAUUAGGCCUUGACAAGUUUGAAGGACGCUAUACACAGCCACUAUUGGCUUGCUUCUCAUUACCACAGUCGGUGGGUAUCAUUGGUGGUAAGCCGCGACACGCACUCUGGUUCAUCGGACACCGCGAUGGCAAGCUAGUCUACCUUGAUCCACACACCACGCAGGCUUCCCUUCAAUACUCGGAGGUAGCGAACUUUUCCGAUAGUACGUAUCACACCAGCUCUGCAGGCAAGAUGAAGCCAUCGGAAUUAGAUCCGUCAGUUGCUCUGGGGUUCUUUUGCAAAACCAGGGAGGAACUGGACGAUCUGUUCUUGCGUCUACGGCAGGAUGUGGCAAGUGUCGGUCCCAGCAUGUUUGAACUGCACGAGCAACGGCCAAGCAGUCUGCAGUGUCUCUUGCUGGAUGGCUCGGGAUUCGAAGAUGACGACUUUGUCGCCUCAUCAGGACAGCCGGCACCAACAGAUUCCUCGACCGGCGUUGAGGACUUGCAUAGCCGAUCACGCCGAGGGUCAGGCAAUGAAGCAGAGUACGAUGAUUAUGACAUCAUUGAUGAUAUGGAGGUGCCACAUGUCGUGGCUGCUGAGGCGGCAGCUGAGUCUGAGUUGACUGUAUCGAAGCGGAGUAUCCAGGAACGGGAGCUCUACUCGCUACUCGCCUAACCCACCAUACCUCUUCAGUAGUAAGCUGUUUCUCAAACCUCUCCUAACAUGUACCGUCACUUGGUCGCGCAUUGCAUCUCUCAUGCACACCUCACGGGUUCUGUGAGACCUCUGUGUAUUAUGUGUUCUUUAACCUGACCUCUCAUAACCUUCCGCAGAUAUAUUCAUUAUAAAAUUACAGCUUUUUUGCUUUCUGAAGCUGUGUGCUGCGUCCUACAAGAUUUUAAACAGCUUUUUUUCGUUUACUUUUCUGAAAAAUGCCGAAAGUCUUGUUUUUCUAUUAGAUUCCUAUCCGCAGUAUUCUCUCAGCUAUCAUCCAUGUUAUCUUUAUAGUGGCUACUGGCCCGUCAUUAAAUCUCUCUAAUUGCUCCCCUAUUUUAAAUACCGUCUAGGUUGUUUACUCCACUGAGGAGUACGUUUUAGAUAUCUGUGUGCCCUGGUCUAAUGUAGAUAUCUGUGUGCCCUGGUCUAAUGUAGAUAUCUGUGUGCCCUGGUCUAAUGCCUGGUGCUCCAUGUUGUACGCAUCGGUACUAGCUAUUGCAGGAAUUUAUGGUGGCUGUUUGCUGGUCUUCUUCUGUAUUCUUUUGGCCUUGAAAGUCAGCUUGUGCUUUUAAGAAAUCCCCCCCCCCCCCCUCUCUCUCUCUCUCUCUCUCUCUCUCUCUUCUUUUUUUCUCUUCCAGCUGACUAUUUUCCUAUAUUUUCAUUGUUGUGUGUGUGUCUACUUUCUAGUUGAGACCUUUUUCACAACGUUCCUCUCUCUUUUUCUCGUCCAGAUGAUUCGUUUUGUAUAUUUUCAUUAUUGUGUGUGAGUGUGUCGACUUUCUAGUUAGACCUUUUUAACAACUUGUUUUUAUCUCUGGGCCGUGUGUCCAUCGUUUUAAACCCCCCAUUCUUUGUAUUGUUUCUGCCCACCAAUUCUUGCAGUGCUGUAUGCUGGCGUACGCACUAAGUAAAAAACGAAAAGGAAUGUUCCGAAAAUUCCUGCAGUGCUCGUUGUAUCUCAAUGCUUGCCCUGCGGCUUUGCUUGUCA